UGCAUAGAUUGUACUUGUUGUACCUAAUUUACAAAGAUACAUGCAUAUACUCUCACUUCUGUGUGGAGCUAGAUACAUUCAAAGGGUUCACGACUCGGCCACUUUCUCCACAUGACAGAAAUCUGGAAGAGGAAACGACUAUACAUCCGUGUAACUAGUUGCCAAAGUGAAAGUUUGUGUGCAUGACUUUCUCCGUUCAACCACUCCGUUCUCCAGCUGACUUUCUCCUCGUCGUGGAAGGAAAUAUUUUUAUCGUUUUCUUUCGGUGCUUAUCCGUUUUGUACGAUCCUCUGAGAAUUUAUUCAUGUCGUUAAGCGAGAAAGUUGUAAAUUACUAAAUAUUGCAUUACUCUUUUCAUGAAGUGGCAACCAUGUCAGUGAAGAGUUGCUUGUUGGGGGUUAAUUUUGACCAAAACGUACUAAUUUACCAAGCGGCAGGAAAUAUUAGUGGAAAUUUGGUGUUCAACGGGGGAGCGAAGGGGAACAAGUUGUAUGACGUAAAACUGACCCUGAUUCGAAGGACGGAUUACGUCCUUUACACAGAACAAGUCGGAAAGGGAAAGGCGACCAGUUUAAUUAACAAACUAGACAAAAUUAACUCCUCCCCAUGUGGAUCAUGGAGCCUCCAAAAGAGUUCAGCCGACGGAACCUACCUGCCACCCGAUACCCCCACAAAAAUCUCCUUCUCUUUACCACUCCCACUCGACCUGUGGUCAUCCUUCGUCGUGACGAAUGCUUUCUCCUGGUACGGUCUCAUGCUCACGGCCCGCUCCCAAUCGCAGUACGGGCGCAAGGAGACCUUCAUCCUUAAAAGGGACAUCUUAAUGAUUGGAAACGUGGAAAAAGAUAAGGUCCCGUUUUCCGAACCCCUUAAGAAAAUUACCACUUUCACAACCCCCGCUAAAGAAGAGGUAAAAAUGCGGGUCUGCUUAAAAACCCGGUGUGCUACCCCGGGUGACAGGGUUCCGUUUCGGGUCGAAGUGUGGAACGGGAAGUCGUUACCAUUGUCGGUGAAAGCCACGUUGCAACAGAAUAUCGGGUACAAAUUUAUAGCCCGGUUUAGAAUGCAUAUGAAAACGAGUGAGGCUAAUAUCGUGUGGCACGGAGAAAGUGGGACGUUCCUCGAGGGGAAGUCAGAGUGGAGGGGGGACGUCGAAAUUCCUUAUGUGGCCCCGACCGGAUUGGGGAGGGAGGGGUGUCCCAAUUUCACGGUGAACUAUAUGCUCAAGUUCGUGAUCCCACGGUUUGCCAAGAUCGAGACGGAGCUCCACAUCGGGACGGCGACGCGAGAUGAGGGCGCAUCCGCAGAACUGGGUGGCGACGACAUUUCUUUGGCGUACGGACUGGAAGUGACGAGGUCGCUCAGCUCGUCGCAAUACUCGUUGGACUGGAAUGCCCUGUCUUUGGCCAGCGAGGACAGUGGGUGCUGGACACUAGUCGAAGAUGAAGAGUAACCACGUGCUACCUGACCUUAGUAUUUCUCAUGCUACACAAAUGAAUACGAGUGCACAUAAUUUUUGCAAUAUAUGUAUGUAUGUAGUUACAUAUUUGCAAGUAUGUAUGUAUAUACAUACGUAUAAAAAUGUGGUAAAUGUAUGCAGUCAUGCAGUAUUUGGGAAAUGAAAAUAUUUCUCUAAUUGACAAUCAUAAUAAUUGACAAUUAAUUAGUAGAUUUAGUAACACUUCAUUCAUCGCUUAAAGCAACAUGUGCACAUAUGCACGUAUUUAUGCUCAUACAUAUGUAACAAUACAAAAACGCUUUAUUAGUAAAAAUGUAUGUACAUGCAUGUUACAAAGAAUUAAAUACUUGGAUAAAUACAUACUUACUUAAAAACAAUUUACCUUUGUGUGCAAUGCUUAAUGUACGACUUACUAUUGAAUAUGUACAGAAACUCACCCACCAUUUAAUAGUUAAAGAAUUGUCAAUAAGUCACCCGGAAUAUUGCAAACAUCA